AUGUGGGCAAUACUAGCUCUCAAUGUAAUUGAAAUUGUGUACUCACUGGGCACUAAGGCUCGAGCAUGCACGAAUUUUGACAGUGAUGUUACCAUCCAGUCUGUCAGUGCUAAGAAUCUGGGCGACACUUGGCGCGUUAGGGUCUUCACCGAGAAGGCCUGUGGUGGUACUGGCGAGAACAUCGAUCACACCCAGGAUAUCUGUAUUAAGCCAGGUAUCUGGAAGGACCAGAACGAGUGGAAGUCCUACAAGAUAUGGAAGCUAACAACGUUCAAGGUUGUCAAAAUCUAA